GAGUCUGCGCAAAGGAGUUCUCAAAUCUGGCCGUCACCUGUAUUGAAAAGGAGCUGCCUCAAAAUAACGUGCAAAAUGUUUAGUUUUCACAAGCCAAAGGUGUAUCGAUCUAGUACUGGGUGUUGCAUUUGUAAGGCCAAGUCUAGCAGCUCAAGAUUUACAGACAGUAAAAAGUAUGAGGAUGACUUUAUAGAAUGUUUCCAACUUGAGGAAAGACGAACAGGAGAAAUUUGUAACGCAUGUGUACUCUUAGUAAAAAGGUGGAAAAAAUUACCAGCAGGCAGCAAUCGCAAUUGGAGACAUGUUGUCGACGCGCGUGCUGGACCUGGUAUAAAAUCACUGACAAAAUUCAAAUCAAAAAAUAAAAAGAAAAUAAAAGAUAUACCAGAAAAGUUUGAGAAGAUUAUGAAGAAGAAACACAUCUAUUUGAAAACAGACAGGGAUCGUGAACAAAGUCCAGCAAUGAGUGAUGAUUUAACAGAGGAUUAUUUGAAUGGAAAUGGCAGUAAGGGUUCCAGUCGGGCAGGUAGUCCUGUAGGUAGUGAUGAUAUUCCAGUUACUGAAAAACAGUUAGAUGUGCAGGAUAUUUCAGAAUCAAAGGAUGAUUUAACUGUUAACGGUUUUAUUGAUCUGUCUUACUUCAAGAGGGAGGUUAUUUGUUGUGGAACAAUAUUCAAAGGCCCAUAUGGAGAAGUAAUAGUGGAUCCUUCAUUAAUAAAACCUUGCAUUGGUUGUAUAGCUAGACAACAACGACAACAACAAACAAAUGCAUUAAGUUGCAGUCCAGCGCAUAGCUCUGCAUCAGCGAGUCCUGUCCAUAGUUCUGCGUCUGCUAGUCCUGCUCACAGUGUAGAGUCUGGUACAGAGACAGCAGUCUCUAAACAGACAAGUAAGACGUUUAGUGACUCGUCGUCAGAUUCAGGCUACGAUGAAUCUUCCAACCAAGGAGUUGGUGAGAGUAAGGUUACCAAAAUUAUUCAAAAUACGAGUGCUACUGUAAAACAAGCAGUCAAGAUACAACCAUUGAAAAGUGUUCAACUAAAAGCUAUACCAGUAUCGGAAGCUGUCAGGUUAAAAACAGAUGUGCCAAUCAAAUUGGUACCUAUAAAACAAAUUGAUCAAUUAUCCUGUAAGCCAUUAUCUUUAGUUUCUUCUGCCAAUGUUACUUUAAGCAGUAGUACUUCACACUCCAUUGUUACCGUCCCAAGUAAUCCACUCGUCGAUUUUGCCAUGCACGCAGCCUCCUCAAGGCAAUCAGUCUCUAAUUAA